GCACCACGGCCCAGCGGUUGGCUCCCGCCCAUCCUGCAAAACGCAGAAUCCCACGACAGGGACGACUUCCACCCGAUGGACCUGCGGCUACAAAGCCCAACUAGAAGUCGCUGCGGUUCUCGUGCUCGCUCCAACCAAUCUGGUCAGAGCGCGAACCGGGCUUUGUCCACGCCCUCAACUUCGACGCCACUUUCGCUGCCACCCAUCAGCCGCAGCGCCACUCCGCAUUCUCCUUGGACCCCUGCGAGGACCAGGAUGCACAGCUUUGAUCGUGCGGGCUCCGAGACUUCCACAGUCAGCCCCAACUCGCUUUACAUGAGUAUGUUUCCAUCGCCUGCCAACCAAGUUGGCACGCCUGGCAACCUGGGCACACCGCAUCAGGCUGGUACCCCAGCACAUCGAAGCGGGCCAAGUCCACAUCAGUGCGCAAGAAGCCCGGUCACCUGGACCGAAGACUUUGCAGAUAGAUCUUUGCGCACCUUCAUGGUUGGGAAGAGCAAGAACCGGUUUGCGUCAACAGACCCUGGCCUGUGUGUUCUCUUCGUCCUGUACGCAUCGCCUUUGGCAAACUACUUGCCCAUCGAUUUCGAAUCAGAGAUUGACCGCAUUGUGUGCAGCGCGCGGGACUCCGGAAGAUUGCAGACUGGGCAGGUACGCUUAAAUGUUGGCACGGCUUCUUCUUCCUCGCUGACGAAGCUGCUGACUCUGUCGCAUGCACAGAGGAGCGGUCUCAUCAUCCACUUGGCAGCUCACGGUGACGAGGCUGGUGGUCUCAUUCUGGAGAGCACCAAGGGCACAGGAGAAGUCCACAGCUGCAGCCAUGAGAAGCUAAGAAGACUCUUGAAUGUUGGGGGUCGCGGACUUCGUGGCGUGUCCUUGGUAUUUCUCAGCUCCUGCAGCUCCAAGAAGCUUGCGCAGGUUUUCAUCGACUGCGGAUGCCAGCACGUCAUUGCAACAAAUAGGACAGUCCUCGAUGCUACAGCACGGGCCUUUACGGAACGCUUCUACGGUGCCCUCUUCGUGGGGAAGUCGAUAGCAUCAGCUUUUGAGCACACGAAAGAGGCUCUGCUGGCUAGCUCGCACCCGGAGGUGGCCGAUCAGUCGAACGCGUUCCUCUUGCUCACAAACCAUGAGAGACUAGAAGGUGGCGACUGUCCUAGCGCCUUCGCGGGUGGUGAUGGAUCAUGGCAGCUCAUGGAGUAUGCAGACAGGCCUUCUUCUGUCCUUAGCCAGCGCGACACAGACAUCGAGGGCUUCCAGGAGGCGUGCAGCUUCCAGGACAAGCUGACAUUCCUCCCGCCGCAAGUGGAGGACUUCUUUCGACCCCCAGUCAUGCAGCAGGUUCUGAUGCUUCUUCGCAACCGUCGUGCAUGUGCACUGCAUGGUCCGGAGGGCAUCGGGAAGACCGCCCUCAGUGUGGAAUUGGCGCGCUUCGCGGCAAGUCCUGGCAGGCUGUUUUCGAGCAACGUGCUGCACGUGCGUCUGGAUCAGAAGAGCAGAGCUGUCAAAACCGUCAAAGAAUGCGUCGAUUUCUUCAUGGCCAG